UGUGUUUUGAGUUUAAGUAGACUGUUGUCUUUUUCAGGCUCAGAUUGCCUUCCUGCAGGGAGAAAGGAAAGGACAAGAAAAUCUAAAGAAGGAUUUAGUGCGACGAAUCAAAAUGCUGGAAUAUGCUCUUAAGCAGGAAAGAGCUAAAUACCACAAAUUAAAAUAUGGCACAGAGCUGAAUCAGGGAGAUAUGAAGCCUCCAAACUAUGAUUCCGAUGAAGGGAAUGAAACAGAGGUUCAGCCACAACAAAAUAGUCAGCUAAUUUGGAAACAAGGGCGGCAGCUGCUGAGACAGUAUCUACAGGAAGUGGGUUACACGGAUACAAUACUGGAUGUGAAGUCAAAACGUGUGCGAGCUUUGUUGGGCCUUUCGAAUGAUGCCUCAGACCGAGAAAAUAACAAAAACCAAGAGCCAAUGGUAAAUGGCACAGAGGCCCAGAUUAAAGAAAACGUAAUGAUUGGAAAACCAGAAUUGACCGACUCUGCCUCUCUGCUAGAGACUUUCAAGUUUCUUGAAAAUGCAGCAGCAGAAUUCAGUGAUGAAGAUGAGGAAGAAGACAUUGAAGGAAGAGAGAAAACAAUCAUUGAUACUUCAACGAUUGUGAGGAAAAGAGUGCUGUCUGAUAGCAGUGAAGAUCGAGAUACAGAAGAAGCUUUGAAAGAAUUUGAUUUCUUGGUUACAUCAGAUGAAGGAGAUGGAGAAUCCAGAAGUUCAGGAGAUGGAACAGACUGGGAAAAGGAAGACCAGUGCCUCAUGCCUGAAGCCUGGAAUGUGGACCAGGGAGUAAUAACCAAACUCAAGGAACAAUACAAAAAGGAGCGCAAGGGGAAAAAAGGGGUGAAGAGAAAAACUACCGAAGAUAUGUUUCAGCCUCAAUCCUAUAUAAAACAGUCAAAACAGGGAUGUGGGAAAAUGAUGGAGCAAAGCACAGGGCCCAACAGGUCAAAGCUGCAAGACAUGCUUGCAAACUUGAGAGAUGUUGAUGAUCUCCCUUCAUUACAACCGUCUGUUGCGCCACCUUCUAGACCCAGUAGCUCAAGACUUAUUGAGCAUGAGAUAAACAGGACAGAUGAAGUGGAAGCUUUAACAUUCCCUCCUACUUCAGGGAAAUCAUUCAUUAUGGGAGCAGAUGAAGCACUUGAGAAUGAGCUGGGUCUUGGAGAACUGGCAGGCCUUACGGUUGCCAAUGAGGCAGAUUCACUAACGUAUGAUAUAGCAAAUAAUAAGGAUGCAUUGAGGAAGACUUGGAACCCUAAGUUCACGUUGAGAAGCCAUUUUGAUGGGAUACGAGGCCUGGCGUUCCAUCCAGUUGAACCAGUUUUAAUAACAGCAUCUGAGGACCAUACGUUAAAAAUGUGGAAUUUACAAAAAACAGCUCCAGCAAAAAAGAGCACUUCACUUGAUGUAGAACCUAUAUAUACAUUCAGAGCACAUAAUGGUCCAGUGCUCUGUGUGGUCAUGAGUAAUAAUGGGGAGCAGUGUUACAGUGGAGGAACUGAUGGUCUCAUCCAUGGCUGGAAUACAACAAACCCAAAUAUUGAUCCCUAUGAUUCUUAUGAUCCUUCUGUUCUAAGAGGUGCUUUUGUAGGCCACACAGAUGCAGUAUGGGGUUUGGUUUAUAGUGGAGCGCACCAACGUUUGCUGUCCUGUUCAGCAGAUGGCACUAUACGUUUAUGGAAAGCUGCAGAAAUUGCUCCAGCUCUUAAUAUAUUCAAUGAUAAUCAAGAAAUGGGAAUCCCUUCAUCAGUGGACCUUGUAAGCAGUGACCCAAGCCUCAUGGUAGCAUCGUUUAACAGUGGACACACUAGCAUUUUUAAUAUGGAGACACGACAGCGAAUUCUGACAUUGGAAUCCAGCAUAGAUACCACAGUUAACUCUUCCUGCCAGAUAAACAGAGUCAUCAGUCAUCCAACUCUUCCUAUUAGUAUCACUGCCCAUGAAGACCGGCACAUCAAAUUCUAUGACAACAAUACAGGAAAACUUAUCCAUUCUAUGGUAGCCCACCUAGAUGCAGUCACAAGUUUAGCUGUUGAUCCAAAUGGCUUGUAUUUGAUGUCUGGCAGUCACGACUGUUCUAUUCGCUUAUGGAAUCUCGAAAGCAAGACCUGCAUUCAAGAAUUUACUGCUCAUCGUAAAAAAUUUGAUGAGUCCAUUCAUGAUGUGGCAUUCCACCCAUCCAAAUGUUAUAUUGCCAGUGCAGGAGCUGAUGCCCUAGCUAAGGUCUUCGUAUGACAUAGUGCUUGCCCUCCAGCUCUAGCUUGUAUAUAUCUAACCAGCUGCACAAUAGAGAAGAAAGGGGGCAAAAAUGCCCUACAAUUCAGAGAAUGUUUGUAAUGGUCUAGUUUCUGCAGGGUGCUCUUUUUUUCUAAAUUAAGGUAUGUUCCAGUUUCUGUGAGCUCAGCUGGUGCUUUGAGCUUGGAAACUCUCUGUUUCAAAUACUCCACAAAAGAACAGCUUUUAUUUCUGAGGGUGUGAAUAUUUUCAUCCAGGCAGGUCUUGGGUGAAACUCAGUCUAUAUAUUCUCUGUUAAUACUGUGUAGGUUACUGUGGAGGGAUGGGCAAGUAAGUAGUAAUAGUCCGAUAGCCGCACAGAAUAGAGGUGGGGUUGGGGGGGCAGAGGGAGGCAGGGGAGGAUAGGGUGAGGGAGGAAGGAAAUCCCAGUGUAGUUCUCAUUGAGGUCUAUACCACAUAAUGCAUCUUGAAAAAAUGACCUUUCAAGUUCCCUUUGAAGUACUACAGGAACUUCACUUGUUCAUCCCUUCAGCAUUAGAGACUAGGUAAAGUUUAGAGAGAAUAGCAGAUAAUUAAUCUCAGCCACUGGGCUGCUAGCAUAAGGUAAAUCUGGUUUAAAAGAAAAUUACUAACUUUUAAAAAUAUUAAUGCAGUAAUGUUUUGUUAAAUCUGUUGUUAUACAGUGGAUAUUUAGUUUGCAGAACAUUUAUACAAUUUAUUUUUUUGAAAGAAUGUGUUAGCAAGUGGCUAGAAGCUUAGUCCUUAGACUAGUCACAUUUAACGAGACAGACUAAAACAGUCUGUAUAUACUGUAAUAGUGAAUUAACUUAUUCAGAUUUAUAAUACUAUUUGUUGUUGGAGGUCAGGCACAAGAAAUAUUCUCAUUUUGUUGGGGUUUUUUGCCCAUGUUUCUAAUCAUUCUUGGUCCCUUUUUGUUCCCUGUCAUGUGCAAGAAAUAACAACCUCCCCAAGCAAUCUCUAGUAUAGUUUAAUAAAUAAAUGUUUAUCGUUUCCCUACCUGAUAACUUGCCACUCUGGGCAUUUAAGUAUGACUGAAAUUUGUUACUUCUUCUUAAGGAUAAAGCAUUAUAUGUAGUGUUCUGCCUGAGCCUCUCUCUUAGGUUAAUGCAGUGGGGUGCCCUUACCAAGUACUGCCUUUUUGAAAUAUUCUACUAUUUGUAGAAAAUACUCCCUAACUUGGAAACCUGUGGAGCUUUUUUAACAUGCCCACUGUACUGGGCAUGUUGUGCCAGUGAUCUUUAAAAUAUGAUUAUUGCAUAAAAAAAUAAUUCCAUAUAAAGGAGCACCUUUUAUACUCAACAGAUUUUCUCCCUAGAUGUAUUCAGAGCUUCCUGUAGACUUGGGUGACAGAAGUAAUUUUUUUAACCAGUUUUACCAUUUAUUCCUUCAAAGUCUCAGAGCUGAGAGAGCCAAGUGGGUUCUGUUCUACUGAGCAUCAUCAAUGAGAUUUCAUGUUACUAGUCUAUCAAUUUUGUGAAGGCAGGCAUAGCCCUCAAGUGGCACGGAAGGCAAAAUGUGUCCUGUAUAUUCUGUAUUGCUGGUGUUGAUAUGAGGAAAAAAAGAACCCUUAAACUGAAGGUUGACUUUGUAAGACUAGAAGUUAGUUAAUAAAUCUUUCAUCUUUUAAACUGACACAAUUAAAAUAGGAAUCAUUGAAAGAGACAAAGAAACUAUUCCAUUUUUAGAGAGACUUUUCAACAUGAAACCAGAGUCUGCUGAAGUCCCAGAAUUUAGAUUAACCUCAUUGCUUUAUGCAGGGUUGACUUAGGCUAUUUGGGUUUGCAGGAUAUUAUAUUUUAUUGCAAAAAUACCUGGGGAUACCUUUCACUUCUCAGAAUAUUCAGACAUUUGUUUGUGACACUGUUGUACAAUAUUUCCAUUAAAUAAAUUUAGAAUGUUUAGCACUAAACAGAUGACAAUGACAAUGGUAACUCAGAUAAUUUAGUUUUUAUAAUACGUUUUGAUUAUGGUGCAAAGGGGCAAAGCUGGCUGAAAACUGAGCAUUCAAUUUUGUGAAAAAUCUUCUGUGUACUUGACUCUUGUUUUUUUCUGUGUCAUUAUUUUAUUUCUUUUUGAAAAGAAAAUUACAAAAAUUUAUUUGAAAAAUUCUAAAAGUUAUGUAUAUUAUAUAUGUGUAUAUAUAUAUUGUAAACAUGUAUUAAAUGUGUCUAGUAAGAGAAGACUACUUUGGAUGCAUUUUAAUGUUUUAGUAUUAAGAGUUCUCUUGAGUUUGUGUAUAAAAAGGAUAAUGGUAUGACUACGAAAUGAAUGUUGUGCUGUUUGCUUACACAAUAUAAUAUGUAGUUAAAGUUGUUUAAAAUGCUGUACAUAAUUAAUCGGCCAGCAUGCUUGUUUUUAAAGACUGUUGUUCUGAUUACAAUUUGAAUGUAAGAAAUGGCUGUUAAAAUGUGAAUUGAAAGAUGUUCCAUUCUCACUAUUGAGCUGUUGCUCAAACUGAAAUGAAUCUUGAAAAGUUGGCAAUAGCUAGAGGAUGAGGUGCCUUUAAAAAAACAAAACAAAAAAACAAAAACAAAUGUAGCCUUACAAAGCGGUUGUGAAGUAUAUAUUUUUGUGCUGGUCUAACUGAUGUCAGUGUCUUUUUGCUGUACUUGCUCAAGUACUUGUAGAAUUGCAGGGUACUGUGCAUGAGCAUGUCAGCUCUUCUGAACACCAUCAUAGAAGUUAAGGAUGGAAAAGACUUCUUGGGUUUAGUCAUCUGCUUACCAAAGUGGGGUUAUAACCGUGUGUGUUUUAGUAAUGUUUUGACCAGUGAGGUUUUACAUAUGUCCUGCAUUAUUGGCUUUUGUGAAUUCCCUUGGAAGGUUCCCAGUGCUCAAAACAGCAGAUACCCAUAGACUCUUAAGAUAUUGCUUCCUUAGUUGUCUUUUAGCCAAGCUACGCUAGCUUUUUCCUUCUUCUGUCACAUGCAAAAUCUCUCCAGCCUUUGAUCAUUUUUAUAACUCUUUGUGCUGUUUGGGGUGGGAGGGGGGAAGGAAGGGAUGUUGCGUAACUUUAUGUCCAGCCCUGAUCAUAACAUUCCAGGUGUGAGAGCUAAAGCCAGUACCGGAAGAGGAUCUGUUAACUUUCCUUUUUACUUUGAUGUGGUUCUUUUGCUUAGGCAGAUUAAAACAGUUGGCCUUCUUGCCAAUGUAGCCAGUCUAAUUUACCAUCUGCUGUCUAUGUUCAGCGUUGCUGCCUCCUAGGUUUCUUUUUCUUUGGCCAUGUGUUUCACAAUUCCCCCUUCCUCCUCCUCCCCCCCCCACCCCUCCCCCAAUGGAUCCACCUUCAGAGUUUUGAUAUUAAUUUAAUUUUGUUGUUUUUAUUUUGAUCCAUGUUUAUAGUCCUUCUGGGCCACUUAAUAUUUGUCUCUGUACCCUAAUAUGUGUAGCUUUUUUCAAUUAAAUACAGUUGAUAAAAUUAAUGUUCUAGAAUAUCUAAUGCGAAUGUUGGACCCAAAACUUACCCUUGUGCUCAAAAUGUGCAUACAGUUUGUUAUAUUACUUUUUACCAUUACUUUGUUUGAUUCACAUGGCACAUUUUUUUUAAGGUUAAUUCUUAGAAAUUCGGUGGAUAAUAAUGUGUGCUACUGAUUUUAGUAAAGUCAAUUGAAAAGAAAAAAAUGUAGUUCCUUUUACCAAGUGUAAAUGAUCCAUUAGGUUUAAACAUUGUCCUACUUCACUUCCAGUUUGCAAGGGUAACUUGUGUGCUUUUCUGUGUGUUUGAUAUGCCUAAAAAUCUUUUCUUUCACAAAAUGGUUGGACUCAUUUGACAUACACCCUGGAUUAAAUAUUGUGGAAAAUCUUCCAUUCACUUCUGAAGUACCAGAAUCCAUUUUAUGUUUUGUGCCAGAGACAAACCUCUGUGACAUACCAAGUAAAAUCCUAAAUAGUAUUAAAAAUAUCUCUAGUCUUUUUAUGGUAAAAAGUUGCCUUUGAUUUUAUUUUUAGAUAGAAGUGGGGAGUUUAAUAAGAAUACAUAUUAGAAAGAGCUCUUCUAAAUUUUAAUUCCUCUUACUGUAGCUGUCCUUAGGGUACAGUGUGUGACUAAAAUAAUGUCACAAGAAAAGUAUUCCCUAGCAUAAUAUAUUUGACUCUAAGCGUGUAAUGUUCAGUAUUGAGCUGUGCAGUCAAACCAUAAGCCUGAUUUUUUUUUUAGGGCUGUAAAUUCCAAAUAAAUAGAAAACUUGUGAUUUUCAAUUUAAAAAAAAAUAGAAAGUAAUUCCACACUACCUCUACUACUACCAGCGUAUGGUCAUCAUACGUUUUUUCACACUUUUCCACAAUUCUCAGGAGUUUUUGUCACUGGAGAAAAAGCAGGAAUUUAGUAGAAAUCAGGAAUUUGCAUAAAUUGUGUGUUUAUUAUACAGUAAUUAUGUCAUUUUUUGAUAGGGAUGCUGGAUCACAGGUGAGUUUUAGCUCAUCCCAAAGGAAAACAAAAAUUCACUAAUUGGCAUAGACAUCACUUUGCACACUUUUUUUCAUGCACUUUCAAAAAAAUGUGUAUUUGGAAAUAAUGCCAGUCACUGCUUGGUGAUGUGUUUUGGACAUCAGUUUGAAGGGUUUGCUGAUACAUUUUGUUUUGCAGCAACAAGUAAAUCCCAGGAGAUCAAAUUUUCAAACUUCUUGUGGCCAGUGUUAGACUAGAAGAUGGGGCAUUGCUUAGGUGCCUAAAUACAAAUUUUUAGAGAGAUAUUUGAAAAUGGUCCCAGAAUAGUGUGUGAAUAUUGACCCUAAAUGAACAUGGCAAUGCCCUUCUUGGACUCUCUGAUGUCCUUCUUGUCUCUCUGAUGUCCAAGGGUCAAGAUUUGAACUGGAUGCUAGUAAGCAAUGUGGUAUUAUUGGAGAAGAUGCUUUCUAAAUGCACCUUUUGUUUCAAGGCAUAUUGCUGAUGGUCAUUUGGCUUGACUGGACAUAAUUGACCAGAUUAUUCAUUGGACUAUGAUGACAGAGAAGAUUAGAUCAAGAGGUGAAAUUUAGCUUUGACUUACAUGUGUGUCACUUACUUGGGUAAGGUGGAAUUAUGAAGGCUUGAAGCCAAUUCUAAGUUUGACCUGAAGACACUGGAAACAAUAGCUAGAAAGAACUCGUUAAUGUUAGAACUUUGAGAUUCUCUGUAAUUUAAUUACCCAUAUUUUAUGAUGCUCCCUGCUUCAGAAUGAUCAAAUUAAAAGUAUAUUUGUUCAGAUUUGAAACUAUACCAUUAAACAGAGGUAACAAGAAAUCUAUGUAUGUUUGUAAUUUAAAUUUUAAAAAUAAAACUUGACAUUGUUCUUUUUUUCAUGUUGGAAAGCCCAGUGCUGCUGUGGCUGACACACCUCAGACACUUCAGCAGGACCGCUCAUGCUUUCAGUCUAACACACAGAAAACUUUUCAGGAUCAAGUCAGGCCUUAAUCUUUUGUUUUGUUAGAAUUGGAUCUUAAUCUGAAGGAGGGCAGUGCAAGGUAGGCUUUAAACCAUCAUUCUGAAUUUCCAUUGUUUUCUGGAUUUUUAUCAUAAUCUGUGUUACAUGAAGGAUUAUGGUAUUUUUCAUUUAUUUCCCAUUCCAUAAAAAUAUAUGCAGAAUCAAACACGUAAGGCUAGCUUUAAAAUAUAGCUGGCCUUUUUCCUAGUGCAGCUCGUGUAAUAAUAAAAUGAGUAAAAUAUUUGUAUAUGUUUCUAUUUCAUGAGAUGUGAAUGAGAAUUCCAAGUAAUUUUAUUAAUCAAUUACAGACAUAUAUAUUCGAGUUUUUUGAUAUGCGAUAUGGAAUUGUUCAUUAAAAUUAUGAAAAUAAGGGAUUUAUGGAAAUAACUGUAAAAGCACUCACCUGUCUAUAAUGCAGCAUUUAAAAAAUACAUUCUAAAACUUGGGGAUGCUAAUUAGAAAAUAAAUUAGACCACAACUACCAAAAAUGGAGAAAUUGAAUGAUGAAAUGAAAACACCCACAUGCACAUACACUGUACCGACUAUGGAAAGGUAUAAUAUGUGACAUGGCUAGGUCACUUUCUCUCUCAAACCUGUAGACAUGGUAAACUUGAAAGUUUAUAGCUCCCCGUGUUGAUUGUCAGGGAAUAGCUUUGUAAUGAGACUUUUUUCUGAAAACCUGUUAAUCGGUUUAGUCUUGCAGAGGAGCACUAUUAGCGAUUAAAAAAUCACCUGCAAUCUCCUAGUCUAAACCCUUAACUAGUAAGCUACUAUUCAGUGGGUGUGUCUACACAUGUAAUUAAUUUGAAGCAAUACACUCCAGAGCAGUUUGAGCUGGAGUAAAUUACUCCUGGGCACAGCAUCUACACGUGCACCCAGGACAGGUGCAAUUUGAGCCAGGGCAGAGCAGGUUAUGCCAUGGUCCCUGCUCUGCCCUGGGCUCUGAGUGGUGGCACUGGGGGUGAAGGGGCUGGUUGGGGCAUGAGGGUUCUGAAAGUGUGGAGUCGUGUGGCUUGGUGGCAGGGAGGAGUCUGCUGGCUGGUCUAACCAAGCACAAUUUACACCCGUGGCCAGCAUCUACAUAUGCAUUUAAUUGCAAUUAAUUACUCUGCCAUAAGAUAGUACUGUCCCCAACCAUCCCUGACAGUACUAUCUUAUGGCAGUGUUAAUUACUUUACUGCAGCCUAAUACUGUGACAUAUGUAGACAGUGACAUUUUACUCGGCUACUAAUUAGCCUACUCUACAGAAAAGUGCUUGUGUAGAUGCAGCCAGUGAGAUUGACUGAUUGUGGAAAGGGAGCAAACAACAUUUUACCAUCAGGCUACAUGUGGGAACUAGAAAAAUAGUUGCUAGAGUAAAACAAAAUUUUGAAGGGUGAUCUUAUGUGAAAUAGAACAAAAAAGUGAAAUUUAGGAUGGUACGAGGGAAAAAACAGGACAUGAGUCAGCUCUCUAGUCCUUGUGUAAUAGUCCGUACUCAGACAGCUACUCCUAUUUCACCAGUGGGACUGUUCCUGUGAAAUCAAUCCCUCUGUUUGUCUAUGAUGACUUUCCCCUGUUAACUAAUAUAUCUAUUGUCCUGAGUAUUCACCUUUCUGUAUUCUUGGGUUAGCCUCCCCUCCUCUUUAUAAAAUACAUGUUCAUGAACUGAUAACAUCUCUUCAGUGUCAGAUGUCCUGCUUUGAAGGUUGAAUUGCAUUGGAUAAUAAUGGCAGCCUGAUUUUGUUUUGUCUGUCUGUCUGAAACUUAUGAAAUAACUAUACCAUGUAAGACCUCACUUUGAACAUCUUAUUUCAGUUGCAGUGGUGCAAAUGGUGUAAAUUGGGUUUAUGUAGCUCAUGAUUAAUGUAGCUAUUUGGUAGAAGAGAUGUAGGUCUCUAAUUGAGCUAGUGUGUGUUUUUUUGGUUUUUAAACUAGUUUGCCUUUGUCUCCACUGCCAAGCCAUGUAUUGGCCCAGUAAGAACAGGGUAAUGUGUUUUUUUUAAUAUGUUCAAUGCCCUAUGUUGACAAGGCCUAAAAGUCCUGUUUGCUUUCAUUCAGUUUGAAUCUCAAGCUCCCAAAAUUACUUGCACUCUGUUUUGAAAAGGCUGUGGUCCUAGCACCAAAGUAUUAAGCUGGAAAGCUAAGAGGUACACAGCUGGAUUUAUACUUUUCUAGAAGGCACAGGAGAAUUUCUUGCCAAACCAAAUACCUUCAUUACUUUCAUGGAUUACUUAUGAAAAGCAGCCAAAAAUAUUGUAUAAGUGAUAACUGAUGGACUUUUGGCUAUCUUAUCAUUAUUUUUUUUCUUUAUUGUAACUAUGAUUUAAAUUAUGGCAAUUGAAUGUAACUUGUUUUCAGAUUGACUCCCAAAAUUGUUGUUUUGGGCACUUACAAGAAAAGCAAGCACAUUUCAGAGGCCAUCACAUCUGCGCUAAUAGUCUGAGGCAACUUUCAUUUUAAAAUACAAAAUGAGCAUGUUGGCAAACAAUACCUUGUAGCUUUGGAGCCCAAGUGAACUGAAAAGGAAUCCUAUAUUAUAUUCAAUGGCUUCCUUAAAACUAGCAUCUAAGCAAAUUGUAGGAGAUGGACAGCAUAAUAUAGCCGUUGUUCAUGUGGUGAAAUCCAGACUGUUGUCAGCAUAUACAGCACCCACAAUGCAUUUUAUGUAAGUACAUUCACUUGACUACUUUGAGAGAGAUUCAGAUUAAAAAAACUUUCAGACGUAUUUCUUUGCCUAGGGAACUAAUGAUUCUCAUAAUUUAAAAACAAGCAAUUUUAAGAAGGUGAUUUGCUUGUAAACAUUAAUGUAGUAGCCUCUUAUUUUGAUUCCUUUACUUUUUUCCUAAAAUAAAGUUAAGUUCAAGACCAACACUUCCUCACAGUGCCCUUUUAGGUUAUUGUUGGUAAACAUAAUAUACAGGCCACCAAAGCCACACUUUUAAUGAUGAAACUUUGGGUCGCUUCUCCCAACAGAUAUAUUAGAAAUAAAUGGGUACCUAUCAUCAAGAGUGACAUGCUAACUCAUCCCUGAAAACGAAGGGAAUUUAGGUUGAGCUCACAUGAAUUUGUGUAUUUUAUGUUGCAACCGGUUUUGAAUGACUACUUUUGAAACAGUGUCAGACUUCAAGUGAUUUGCAAAGUAAUGGCUCAGGUGGAAAAUACCUACUUACUGAGUAAUAUUGCCUGCUUGCCAGUUUGUGUCUGUGGUUCAGUAUGAGAUUGUUGUAAAAAUUUUCUAAACAUAGUAAUUUGAUUGUGUUACAUGCUACUGUUUCACAAAAGUUAAUGUUAUUUUAAGUCGCACAUUCCUUUCUUUUCUUUUCUGUUUAAAUAAAUGCAAAGGAAUUAUUUCUCCCAGGAACCAAGACUCUGAUGCAGAUGUUUUAAUUUCAGGAAGGUUCAUUUGCAUUCAUAAAGUUGGGUUGGGAAAGCUAAUGACUCGUUUUAAUCUUUAAACUGUUGAGAAGUUUUUAUCAUGUAGUAAAUUCAAAAUCGUUGUUCGAAUGAAAGUAUUCUAUUAUCAGAGUAAAAAUGUAAUAUUUGUUUAGUAAUUCAGUAUUUAUGAAUAUUAGAUUUAGAUGUAUAAAACUGCAAAGUUAGAAAAUUAGGGUAAUGGUCAUUUAAAGAAACGUUGGUAUUCUUUUGGGGCUCUUUUGAAUUUUUCCCUUUUAUGAAUUGCAGUGAAACUGCUGUUUGUGGAACUUCUUGGGUAGAUUGUAUUUAAAGUCACAUUCACUUGCCUGAUAAGCCAAAUAAAUAUUUUGUCAUUAAAAUUUAUAUAAAACUGCGUAUAUUAGUGUGUAAUUUAAAAUGAGACAACACUGAGGUAACCGUGCAGGUACUUAUAUUGAUCUGGCAGUAGUGAAGUGGAAUCUCUGUAUACUGUACCCACAUUCUAUGCUGAGCAAAAUCACUUGGACUUCCAAAAUUAAACAAUGGUUUUUAAGAGCAGCUUUAUUUAAUGUUACAGCAGCAAGUAAAUUUCAUUUGUAUCAUAUAAUUAUGUAAAUUGGGUGCUAAUAAAUACUAUUUUUCAA